GCUGCAUCGCACAAGACAAGAAACAAGAAAUCUCCGGCGCGAUGCUUUUGCUCCCUGUUGCUGUUUAAAGAGAGAGGGAGAGGGGAGACUCAGCGGAGGAGAGGCACGAUGCAUCAUGGUCCUGUGUGCGCUGCUGAUGGUCUCUUCUGCUGAGCUCUGACAGGACCGAGGAUCAGUCCCAUUUGAGAUCAACUGUCUCCAUUUCAGCACAGUCUGGCUGCUCCCGUCCAAUGGAAUUAGACAUCGUUACUUAAUCAUUAGUUUGCUGGCAGCUGAGUGACUUUUCAGCGCUGAUAAACUGCCUUAAGUCUUGAUCUUUCUGGGAACAGAGGAUCAUAAACAAAGAGAAUUGGGUAGCGUACUUUUGUAGCCCCUGGUGGAAUAAAGCUCGAUAGUGUUGAAUUUAAAGACAUCAGUGCCCUAUCUGUGCCAAGAUGGAUGAAACACAUAACAACAGGACUUCCUUGGUAAAAGGUGCCAAGGACAUCGCUAAAGAAGCCAAGAGGCACGCUUCCAAAAAUUUCAACAAAGCCGUGGACCGUGCCUCAGAUGAAUACUCGGCCCAUCGCAGCUACAACCGCUUCCAGAAUGAGGACGAAGAAGAGGACAACUACAAUUCUUACAAUCAGCAGGACGGUCACUAUGCUGACAAUGCAGCCAACGACGAGGACGGGGCCUCCAGCGAUGCCACGGAGGGCCACGAUGAUGAAGACGAGAUCUACGAGGGGGAGUACCAAGGCGUGCCGGCCUACAACGACGGGAAGCCGCGGGACAGUCAGGUGGCUCUAGGCCAGCCGGUUUCUGACAGCCUUAAAAGCCGUAAAGAGCUGGAGAAUGAGAGACAGGCCGAUGAGGAGGAGCUCGCUCAGCAGUACGAGCUGAUCAUGCAGGAGUGUGGACAUGGGAGGUUCCAGUGGCAGCUGUUCUUCGUGCUUGGUUUGGCUCUCAUGUCGGACGGCGUGGAGGUGUUCGUGGUGGGAUUUGUCCUGCCGAGUGCUGAGACAGACAUGUGUGUCCCCAACUCUGGAGCUGGAUGGCUUGGCAGCAUCGUGUAUCUGGGGAUGAUGGUCGGAGCCUUUUUCUGGGGCGGCUUGUCGGACAAAGUGGGCCGUAGACAGUGCCUGCUCAUUUCCAUGUCUGUCAACGGCUUCUUCGCCUUCCUCUCCUCCUUCGUCCAAGGCUACAGCAUGUUCCUCUUCUGCCGCAUGGUGUCUGGCUUUGGGAUUGGUGGAGCGGUACCGAUUGUGUUCUCCUACUUUGCAGAAGUUUUAGCUCGGGAGAAGAGAGGAGAGCAUCUGAGCUGGCUGUGUAUGUUCUGGAUGAUUGGAGGAAUCUACGCCUCAGCCAUGGCCUGGGCCAUUAUACCGCACUACGGCUGGAGUUUCAGUAUGGGCUCAGCCUACCAGUUCCACAGCUGGAGAGUGUUUGUGGUGGUGUGCGCGCUGCCGUGCGUGUCUGCUGUGGUCGCUCUCACUUUUAUGCCUGAGAGCCCUCGCUUCUACCUGGAGAACGGUAAACAUGACGAGGCCUGGAUGGUGCUCAAACAGAUCCAUGACACCAACAUGAGAGCGCGCGGAGAGCCGGAGAGAGUCUUCACUGUGAACAGGAUCAAAAUCCCCAAACAGCUGGACGAGCUGGUGGAGAUGCAGAAUGAGUCAGCCAACCCGGUUCUCAAGGUCCUCUUCAAGAUCAAGGCCGAGCUCAGAGGAAUCUGGUUGACUUUUAUGAAAUGCUUCAACUACCCCGUGAAAGACAACACUAUAAAACUGGCUGCGGUCUGGUUCACUCUGUCUUUUGGGUUUUAUGGACUCUCUGUUUGGUUCCCGGACGUCAUCAAGCACCUCCAGGCUGACGAGUACGCCUCCAGAGUGAAGAUCCACAACAACGAACGCAUCGAAGACUUCACCUUUAACUUUACCUUGGAGAACCAGAUCCACAGAAAUGGAACAUUUAUUAACGACAGGUUUAUUGGUAUGAAGUUCAAAGCGGUACAAUUCAUCAACUCAUCCUUCAUUAACUGCUACUUUGAGGACGUCUCCUCAGUCGGAUCCUCCUUCAGAAGCUGCAUCUUCAUAGACUCCUUCUUCUACAACACAGACAUUGAUGACGCUAAAUUAACAAACUCCAGGGUGAUCAACAGCUCCUUCCACCACAACAAAACCGGCUGUCAGAUGACGUUCGACGAUGACUACAGCGCAUACUGGGUCUAUUUUGUCAACUUUCUCGGGACGUUGGCCGUGCUGCCUGGAAACAUCGUCUCUGCACUGCUCAUGGACAAAAUAGGACGCCUCAGCAUGUUGGGAGGCUCCAUGGUGUUGUCAGGCAUCAGUUGUUUCUUCCUGUGGUUCGGCACCAGUGAGUCCAUGAUGAUCUUCAUGCUCUGCCUCUAUAACGGCCUCAGCAUCUCUGCCUGGAACUCACUGGAUGUGGUCACUACUGAGCUUUACCCAACAGACAGGAGGGGCACAGGUUUUGGCUUCUGUAAUGCCAUGUGUAAGCUGGCAGCAGUGCUGGGCAACCUGAUCUUUGGCUCACUGGUUGGCAUCACCAAGGCCAUCCCCAUCCUGCUGGCUUCAUCUGUUCUGGUCUGCGGCGGGCUGGUGGGCCUCCGACUGCCAGACACACGAGCCAAUGUCCUCAUGUAAACCUCAGCAGUCUGUUAUUUACCAGGUAUUCACUCAGCGCUAAGAGGAACCGUCGUGGACUUUAUUUACCUAAACAUCGCUGAAACAUCACCGUAGUCUUCUUGUUAUUAUUGUUUGAUAGAUAAGAUUGUUCACAAACUCACUACAGGACAAGUUCUGUUCUAUCAGAGUAGAAUACCUGGUACAUAAUAAAGUCAGAGUAAAUGCAGUUUAACUUUAAAAUGAGCUGUAGAUACAAAGAGUUAUUCGACUACAAUCAAAGGUUAGAAAUGUCAACGUCCGGUGGUUGAUGUCCCAAGUAAUCUGAAAGAGAUUACUUCAGUAAAGUGUCGAUAAAUCUGAAUAUCAGCAGCUCAUUCAUUUACUAAAAGCCGUUUCACACAUGCAACACUCAAAUGCACGUGUCACUGCUGCAAAAGGUUUGGACUUCCAACAACCUGACCGAUCCAAACCGAGGUGGACCUCGCUUAAUUUAAAGGAAAAGUUCAACAUUUAGGGAAAUACACUUUGCUAAGCUACUGCUUAUUUUAGCUUGGCUUAUGGACUGUAAUCAGGGGUAAAAAAAAAAGCUCGCCAGACUCCUACGUGUUCUCGGAGGUGGUUUUAGGGAUUGGCUCCUGGUAAAGACCAAUAGAAAUCUCAGCUAAAAUUACCGUAUGGCUUGAUCAAAUCAUCUCUUAUCUUGGACGAACCACAGGACAUACCCAAAUAUAAACUAUAAAUACCACUUGAGCACUCUCUUAAAAGAGCAUCGUAACACAAACUUACUAUAGUGUAGCUUCAACGUAGCUAAUCGCUAUAUUAGCAUAGCCAUUGUACCAGCUUACAUGACAAGCAAACCCAGCCCAUAACUAUAGCAAACUCAAAUAGAAAACAUUUUUACCACCAUGAAAAGCUUUUAGUGCUGCUCUUUGCUCUUUAUUUACCAAAGAAUUGUGGCCCAGUACUGAUAAAACUGCCGCUGUUCUGUAGCUACAUCCAAGCUAAACGCUACACUGGCAGCAGCCAUUGCUAUUGGCUUUCAGUACAACAAAACCCCGCCCAUAGCUACCGCCUCCUUCUGCUCCAGUUAUGCUGAUUGGUCAGGUCUGUUCUUAGACCCGGCACAGUCGUUACAGACUGGAGCUCUGCAGGAUGGACUGGUGAUUGACAUGGAAUCUGGCCUAUCCAUCUGUUACGCAAAUUUAAAAAUAAACCACUUGGAAAACAGUUUUUAAAAGACUGUUUAAUUCAGGAAAUGUGGCCGGCAGAUGUUUUCAGUUUGUCUCCAUCUCAUAAUUUGUGCAGUGGAAACUGAUCUGAAGUUAUUUUAAGAAAAACAGACAAAAUGAGAAAAAAUCUAGAUUAAAAUAUUGUGACAGGCCAGUCUUAGGCCGGGCAGAGAAUUUGAGUGAGGGGCUCGGAUAAAAACACGAUGUGCUGUGGUCCUGUGUUGGACUUUAUGACCUCUACAAACUCAAAAUAUUGCAUAUUUAUUCAUUCAUUUAUAUAGGCUACAUGUUAAACUCCUCUCCAAGUCCUUAUGCCAAGCUAAGCUAACUAGCUCUUGAUACUCUUGUCCAACUCUCCGUCAGUGGGCAUUAAAAAGUGGAUCUACUUCUUUAAGAACAAAUCCUUUAGUAACAGCUGUAUUCUUGAUUGUGUAUCUGUACAUAUGGUAUCGGUUAUUUAUUAUUUAUUUAUUUAUUUAAGGAUUUGCUUUAUGGUUCGUUACUUCAGUUUUCUCAUCUUUGAUCCCUUUCAGGUUGGGGAAGUUCAAACCUUUUGCUGCGUUUUGCAAGAAUGACAAGGCCAUAGAAAAAAAAUCAAAAUGUUGUAGUAGAUUAGUGAAAACCGGCAACUUCAGCAGCUACAUUUCUAACGUGAAAAGAAGUUUACAUUUUCUGCUUUUUACAGUAAGAGACUUUUGGGAUUGAAAACCUUUUGUCUGAAUGCUUCCUCUUUCCUUCCCUCGUGUCCGUGUUGUGUUCGUCUCGUGGCGCCGAGCUCACCAUGAAGGGCUUUGCUCUCCGCUCGCAAUCUGAUCUGUCAAGAAGAAUUUACACUCUGCUGUUAUAAUCUGCUUUUCUCCAUGUUUUCUUUUCCUUUCUGCAUUGGUUUCUUUAUGGUGUCUGUCAUCCCGUCUCAUCCUCUUGCUCCGUUUAUCUCCUCCUGCCUUGCUGCUGCUCCCUCCAAAACUCAAAGGCCUUUCUCAAAUGUCGUGCCUCUCUCUCUGUCGAGCCCGUCUCUUCUUCCAAACCUUGCUGGAAGCUUUGCUGCUCUGUUCUGCUUUCGUUUGGUUCUCUCAUCUCUCCAAACUGCAGUGUGCAUGAACUUCUGUGUGUUUGUGUGAUGUGAGUGUACGAGUGCGUCCAGACAAACUCUUAAUAGAUACAGCGACCAUCUCUGAAAGUUUUGUUGAGGUCGAUACCAAGGAACACGGAGGAAUUGAAACCUGUGCUUAAGUGAAAUUAAAAGCCAUGCUUAAAGGACCAUUUCACCCAAAUUCCAGAGAAAAACAUGUCCACUAGCAUUGUUGACACCUAAUGUGAACUCCAGUGGAAUAAUACCCUUGGGAAGGUUGGGCAUAUGUACUUAAUAUAUAUUAUUUUGUCAUUGAGGUUUUUUAGUGGGGACCAAAGUGGUGGACCACCAACCUAGCCAGUGCAUGCACCGAAACAGGCUUUAACUGGGCUCAGAGUGGGUUGAUGCUGGAGUCUACAUGGGUAAUCCUGCAAAAUGUGCACCAGUAAGUCGUAACAUGUCCUAACGUCCUGUAGUUUACCGUUCGCGUUAGCUAAGAACCAAAAUAACCCUAACUUGAGGGACAUGGACUCCACUAGACCUCUGAAAGGGGGCUGCAGUGUCAGGCAAGCACCAUGAUCCUUGAAGUCCUAUAGUUUUUAAGUCAGGCCUCCAUUGAUCGGACUUGGUUGUCCAGCUCACAUGGACAGCCAAGUCUAUGUCCAAUGUGAAAAACACUCUUAAAGAGACAUAUCAAAUAUAUUAAGAGGUUUAACUUGAGCAUGUUUUUGGGUGAUUUGGGUGAACUGAGCCUUUAAAACCUCUAAUGAAUGCAACUCUUGCUGCUACAACAUCAAUGUCUUGAUGUUUAAAAGCAUAAGAGAAUUUGUAGAAUGAUCUUGGUAAGGUGUUCUUUUCUGGAAAUGUUCGAUCAUACAAAAGUGUAACACUAAAGUAUAACACUGUUAAUUCUAAUUAUUUUAAUGCUCUUAUUCUGAAAAGCACAUCUGUGCAGAACGUGACCUCCGACAUGCAGCUGUUCCUUUGACGUAAUUGAACGUGUCUGGUUUCUUGAUGCUUUUUUCUGCUUGUCUGCAUCUUUCUUUCCUCUCCACACCUCCACCUGAGCUGAAAAAGUCACUCUGAAUCACGUUACAAACAGAAAUCCUGCAUGUUUGUUACUGAAGUCCUUCUGUUGUGUGUUGCUCUCUCCAUUUUGGUGUCUUCUCUGUUCCUCCGCUGGGGGGGAAACAGACGUGAUUCCCGGGUCAAAAGUGAAUGUAUCAUUCUCGUGUGUCGUCAGAUUCGUCGUGGACAGGUGUUUAUUAUACCGAGUUGACUUAGAGGUCACUGUGAGAGAGCAUGCUGGUGGUGAGGAGGCCGUGUGUACAAGAUGUUAACCAGCAGAGGGGGUCGAAUCUGCAUGAAGAAGAUUUUACAGUUAUUGUAAAUUCACUUUCAGGAAGCUGAAGUUGCCAAACGUUUUCAGAUUUGAAAACCUCUGCUGUGAAACUACGUGGAGCUGUGUGUAAAAAAAAAACAGUGACCUGUCCUUGAUAUGAUUUAUUUUGAUAAGAAAGGAUCAAGA